CACAACAGUACACCUGGAGAGUAGCACUCAGAUUCAGUCAGAUCCAGAAGUACAAGAGUAGUCACUCUGCUUUCAUCUGUCUCUGGUACAAGCCACAGGGCCUGGCAUGCUACUGACAGGGACGCCUGCCUGUGCUGACACUCCCUCUGCUCAUCCUAUCACACACCUCUUACACCUGGUCUCCUCUCUGAGAAUCACAGCAGCACCUUAAAGACACCUGGGACAGGUGAGAGAGCAGACAGGGCGAUGAGUGGCUGCUCACAGCAAGACGGGGCCGCUGGGAGGCCAGGUAGAGACAUGAAGAAGAAUGCAGGGAUCGCAGUGAGAGAGCUGGUUGGGGCUGCAGAAGGGGAACAGACUGUAGCUGGUAAGAAUGAAAACAUUGGAGUGGCUGGAAGUGCUGCUGGGAACCAAAAAGAAACAGCACAGAAAAAGAAGGGGAAUAAAGAGCCCAACCCUGAGGAUAAUGUAGUGACACAGCCACAGGAGACAGACACCAGUAGAGUGCUGGCAGAAAGUAAACAGACGGUUCAGAAAGAAGAGAUACACACAGUGGGAGAGCAGCAGGGGAGCAAGAGCAAGGUGACACUGGAGCCAGAAAUAACACGUAAAAAUGCAGCGGCGGAACAAGCACAACACAAAGAGACCGCUCAGGAGCAAGUAAAGCCCAAAGAGACAGUUCCGCAGCAAGUAAAGCCCAAAGAGACAGUUCAGCAGCAAGUAAAGCCCAAAAAGACAACUCAGGAGCAAGUAAAGCCCAAAGAGACAACUCAGGAGCAAGAGACACCUAAAGUGACAGCUCAGGAACAAGGAACACAGAAAAAGACUGCUCAGGAGCUGAGAAAACCCAAAGAGACAACUCAGAAGCACAGACCACACAAAGAGACAUCUCAGCAGCUAUUAAACUCCAAAGAGACAAUUCAAGAGCAAAAAACACAGAAAGAGACAGCUCACGAGCAAGAAAAAUACGAAAACAUAGCCCAAGAACAAGGAAAAUACUUGACAGCUGAUAAACUGUCAGACAACGGGACAGCUCAGGAACAAAAUACACACAAAGUGAUUGCUCAAGAACAAGAGACAAAAGAUAAAGCAGGGAAAUGCACAGAAACAGCUACAACACAAGUCAAAAAUGCAGAGCCUGCACCGGUACAAGAGAAACCCAAAGAGACUGCUCGGGUACAAGAGAAACACACAGAGACUACUCAGGCAGUACAAGAGAAACCCAAAGAGACUGCUCAGGUAGUACAAGAGAAACCAAAAGAGUCUGUUCAGGUACAAAAGAAACCCGAAGAGACUGAUCGGGUUCAAGAGAAACCCAAAGAGACUGCUCGGAUACAAGAGAAACCCAAAGAGACUGCUCAUUUACAAGAGGAACCCAAAGAGACUGCUCAGAUACAAAAUAAACCCAAAGAGAUUGCUCCGGUAGUACAAGAGAACCCCAAAGAGACUGCUCAGGUAGUACAAGAGAACCCCAGAGAGACUGCUCAGGUAGUACAAGAGAAACCCAAAGGGACUGCUCAGGUAGUACAAGAGAAACCCAAAGGGACUGCUCAGGUAGUACAAGAGAAACCCAAACAGUCUGUUCAGGUACAAGAGAAACCCAAAGAGACUGCUCAGAUACAAGAGAAACCCAAAGAGACUGCUCGUGUUCAAGAGAAACACAAAGAGACUACUCGUGUUCAAGAGAAACCCAAAGAGACUGCUCAGUUACAAGAGAAACCCAAAGAGACUGCUCAGGUAGUACAAGAGAAACCCAAAGAGUCUGUUUGGGUACAAGAGAAACCCAAAGAGACUGCUCAAGUAGUACAAGAAAACCCCAAAGAGACUGCUCAGGUAGUACAAGAGAAACCCAAAGAUACUGCUUGGGUACAAGAGAAACCCAAAGAGACUGCUUGGGUACAAGAGACACACAAAGAGACUUCUCAGGUAGUACAAGACAAACCUAAAGAAAUUGCUCAGGUUGUACAAGAGAAACCCAAAGAGACUGUUCAGGUACAAGAGAAACCCAAAGAGACUGCUCAUUUACAAGAGACACACAAAGAGACUGCUCAGGUACAAAAUAAACACAUAGAGACUGCUCAGGUAGUACAAGAGAAACCUAAAGAGAUUGCUCGGGUUCAAGAGAAACCCAAAGAGACUGCUUGGGUACAAGAAACACACAAAGAGACUGCUCAAGUAGUACAAGACAAACCCAAAGAGAUUGCUCAGGUAGUACAAGAGAAACCCAAAGAGACUGCUCGGGUUCUAGAGAAACCCAAAGAGACUGCUCGGGUUCAAGAGAAACCCAAAGAGACUGCUCAGGUAGUACAAGAAAAACCCAGAGAGACUACUCAAGUAGUAAAGGAGAAACCCAAAGAGACUACUCGGGUAGUACAGCAGAAACCCAAAGAGACUGCUCAGGUAGUACAAGAGAAACCCAAAGAGACUGCUCAGGUAGUACAAGAGAAACCCAAAGAGACCGCUCAGGUAGUACAAGAGAAACCCAAAGAGACCGCUCAGGUAGUACAAGAGAAACCCAAAGAGACUGCUUGGGUUCAAGAGAACCCCAAAGAGACUGCUUGGGUACAAGAAACACACAAAGAGACUGCUCAAGUAGUACAAGACAAACCCAAAGAGAUUGCUCAGGUAGUACAAGAGAAACCCAAAGAGACUGCUCGGGUUCAAGAGAAACACAAAGAGACUGCUCAUGUACAAGAGAAACACACAGAGACUGUUCGGGUACAAGAGACACACAAAGAGACUGCUCAGGUAAUACAAGAGAAACCCAAAGAGACUGCUCGGGUAGCACAUGAGAAACCCAAAGAGACUGCUCAGGUAGUACAAGAGAAACCCAAAGAGACUGCCCGGGUUCAAGAUAAACCCAAAGAGACUGCUUGGGUACAAGAGACACACAAAGAGACUGCUCAAGUAGUACAAUACAAACCCAAAGAGAUUGCUCAGGUAGUCCAAGAGAAACCCAAAGAGACUGCUCGGGUUCAAGAGAAACCCAAAGACACUGCUCAGGUAGUACAAGAAAAACCCAAAGAGACUGCUCAGGUAGUGCAAGAGAAACCCAAAGACACUGCUCAAGUAGUACAAGAAAAACCCAAAGAGACUGCUCAGGUAGUACAAGAGAAACCCAAAGAGACUGUUCAGGUAGUACAAGAGAAACCCAAAGAGACUGCUCAGCUAGUACAAGAGAAACCCAAAGAGACUGUUCAGGUAGUACAAGAGAAACCCAAAGAGACUGCUCAGCUAGUACAAGAGAAACCCAAAGAGACUGCUUGGGUACAAGGGACACACAAAGAGACUGCUCAGGUACAAAAUAAACACAUAGAGACUGCUCAUGUGCAAGGGAAACCCACAGAGAAUGCUCAGGUGCAAGAGAAACACACAGAGACUGCUCAUGGAAGACAUAAACACACAGAGACUGCUCAGGAACAACAGAAACACACAGAGACUGCUCAGGAACAACAGAAACACACAGAGACUGCUCAGGAACAACAGAAACACACAGAGACAGAGCAGAUUGCAGUGCAUAUGCCACUGGAGAAGGAACCAGAGACUGCUGAAGGCUGGCUUGAGUUGUGUGACAAAGAGUGGGGCCUCAGGCAGAGGUCAGUCAUCCUUCCCAGCAGCAUCAACUGGAGAGACACCUAUAAGAAGAAACCUUUUGGGAGGAACUUCCUGAAAAGCCCAAAUCCAGAAGGUUUAUCUACCACCCAGUCUGCUCCACUGGAGGAAGUUGAUCCGCCUCCCCAGAAGAAGCCCCUGGAGACAUUAGGUAACUUCACUGGCUGGCAGAUAAGCACAGAGGAGAUUCCUGUGGACAGAAGUAAUAUCCCUCCUGGGGUGGUGGUGUGUUACCUGCCCAUGUACAGCUGGUGUGUGAAGGAGCAGAUGGUGGACCUGUUGUCUGAAGGUCUCUGGCCUGAGCUGCUGGACUCCUAUCAGCCUGAUAUCUACGUCCUGGACUGGUAUGAAGACAGCAAGCUCCACAAACAGGUGUAUGAAUUACAUGUGAAAUUACUAGCGGAGGAUAAGAAGACUGUGUUAUCUCAACUGGACCUGACCCCAGAAAAUGACAUGAGUGGGGAACCUAAAGGAUGGAACAUGGUCUCCCAUAUUUUCAAAUCAUAUGGACCAGGGCUUCGGUAUGUUCACUUUCUACACAAGAGUAAAGACCUCUCAGUGCUGGGAUUCCACCGCACGCGGGUUGCAGACAGCACUUUAUUUGCUCAGCUUCGCGGUUGAGCCCAAACACUGGCGUAGAGAGUAUGGAAACCUCUGUAGAGGUCACUUCAGUUCCCUGUUAGAACUUUUAUCUUUCAGCAGUCUCAGCAAUAUGAACAAUAAGUCAUGUAACCAUAUAUACUGAGGAUGUUCUCCACACUGUGCUCAUCUAACUGCACCCGGGUCAUAUGGACACAGCAGGAACCCGUUCAGCCUGUAAAUACAUUAUAAAUAAACAGCCUCUCCAAAAAACGGUCAUGCUGCAUUGUCUUAAAUGCUAUGGGGCAUACGUAAUAAGGAAAGUAUGGAGAAUAAACUGGUGUCUUUUCAGUGUUUCAUAUUGGCCAUCUAUUUGCCAGGCUCUAUGGCAGCUUUACACCGCUGUGUGGCAGCUUAUUACGUCUCUGUGGCAGCUUUACGUGGCUCGGCAGCAGCUUUGUAUGGCUCUGCUACAGCCUGACAUGGCCCUGUGGCAGCUACUGUAUAUAGUGCUACAUAGACCACUACUGUAUGCAUCCAACUCAGGCUAUAAUAGAACAGAGAUCUAUGCAUUUAUUCUUUUAGACUCUUGGGGAGAUGUAAGUGGAGAAGUCGCCCAACCAACUGUAGUUCUAUAAGCUUUGCUAGAUACUGUAAAUGAUAGCUGGAAGCUGAUUGGUUUCUCUGGGCGUCGCCUAUCUCUCAGAACGAUUUGAAACAUCUCCCUUUCUGUGAGUUGGAUUUGGCCGUAACCUGUUCAGAAUUAAUACCUAUAUAAAAAUAUGUAAUCUGUAGCUUUGAGUCUAAUCUUAUGCCCUAGUAGAUAUAUUUAUGAAGAGUGGUGCAAAGGGAAAAUAUGUUAUUACCCAUAGCGACCAGUGAAAUGUUUGUCUCAUUUUCUAAACUGUACAAGAAAAUUAGCAUAAAUCCAAAGAACUCAGAAUCCGAGAGAUUGUAUAGUGAGCUUUCUGUUCCCCAUUUUCGUCUUUGAACCAGAAACGUUUUUGUGUCUGAUUCCCAGUUUACAUCCCGGCGUGUUGGGGAGAUUUGUACAUCAUGUGUAACAAUUCAUUACAUUCAGAAUAGAGAGAAACAGACAUGUUUUUUGUAAUGUAUGCUGUGGGUUUAGGGAUCUUUCUUUAUCCCCUUCAGUGCUAGAAGUUUCCAUUUAUGUGCUUCCUCAGGAGGCUAGAAAGUUUUCUCUAUUUUACGAAAUAACUGAAAUAACUUUAUUUUAUUUAUUUUCUCCUCCCCAGUGAUUUUUCUUUUUUUAAGGGGCCGUUUUGAUUUUCAUUUGGUACGAUUGUUAAAUUAUAUUUUUCCUUUAUGGUCAUUGUAUAGGUAAAAAUAGACAUAUAUAAUGGUAGAUGCUCAAUCAGCUUAGUGAUAUCAUUCAGGUGCUCGAAAAGGAGGGGUAUUUCUAAGCAAGAAAAAAAGAGAGACAUUGUUUCCCCCCGCACCCUGAAUGAUAACAGUAACCAAAUAUAAAUUCCACAUAAUAUUAGAAUUCAGAGAUCUUGGUUACACAUAUUUGCGCAAAAGUGUGAAUAAGCCCCAAAGCUGUUAUCAUUCAGGGUGCUGGAGGAAACAAUGUCUCUCUUUUUUUCUUGCAUAGGUAAAAAUAGGCAAACUUUUUUUUUUUAAAUACUUUUAUGUGAUUUCUAACAUUAGCGAUGUUUACAUAAUGAAUGCAAUAAAUAUAUAUCCCAAAAUGUAUCCGGAAACAAUUACAGCAUGUACCUUACAUGUGUUUGUUAAUAUUAGUCAGAUGUCCCUAUGUUAUACUAAAGAAAGUAUAAAUAAUUUUCUUUGUGUGUUCCUUGUUGUACAUCUCUCUACCAUCUUUUCUGUCUAAUAAACGACAAGGAAUCUAUUAGGACUGAUCAGAGUUUAAUUAUAAAUAUUGAAAAAGGGGAUAAUUUGUUUCCCUAUGCGCUCCCACGUCCUGCCAGUAACCCUACUGAUAGAUACUUAACCUUUGUAUAUAUGUUAUUAAAUGUUACAACGUCCUUUU